UUCAGUUCGUGUUUGCGUCUGCCAUGCGCCCGCUUGUUUGCGACGCGCAGCAUGUUUCAGAUGUCAGAAGGUAUGCUACACUUUUGGGCUCUUUUCUGUCUCAGUACUCCUGGCUGAAUGACGCCUAUGUCUUGGAUUACUUCGUUGAGCAGCAGUGGCACAAACUACCAUAUUCGUGGCAGAAGACACUGUCUACCAUUGAAUUGAGCGAUCUUUCCACCUGGCUUGAAACGGGACUGCCUGCACAGAAGCACUCGGUAUGGCCGCUGUCGCUGAUGUGCCUUGCUCCAGCAGCCAGACUGCUUGCGCUCAACCGGAGUCCUGUCGCAUCACCAGCUGACAUCCCGCUUCUGCUACCAAAUGAGCGCGCCGGUGGGAAAAAUCUGCACUGGCCAGCCUUUCACCUCUGUGGCAAUAGGAAUUUGACUCAUGCUUUCAGGAAGCACGUAAAACUGAAGAAGCAGCAUGAAAUUGUUCGGUUGGCAAUGGUCAUUGAGUUGCUUGCUCAGAAGUGUGACUGCUCGCACGUGCUAGACGUCGGAUCUGGGCAAGGCCAUCUGGCUCGCUUGUUGGCACUCGACAAGAGGCUGCACGUUGCGACUGUGGACUUAGUUGGCAGCCACUUGACGUCAGCGCAGCGAUUUGACCACCAGGCAGCGAUUCAUGUCCAGAAGAAAAAGGCAAUGGAAAUAGAGGCAGAAGGGGCAGAUUCUCCUUGCUAUCUCCCUCAACACGUGGAGCUAGAAAUUUCUAUGGCUACGACACCUGCUGAACUAGAACAGGUGGCAGAGAAAGCAUGGGGAAGGGGAAAGUCUGGUGUAGAAAAUUUUGUACUUGUUGGUCUUCAUACGUGUGGAAAUCUAGGCCCAUCCAUGAUUCAGCUUUUUGCCGACUCGCCUGCUGCUCGGGGCCUUAUUUCUGUUGGCUGCUGUUACAUGAAGCUCAGUGAAGACAAGUGUGAAGGAAUAGAAAUGAAAAUGGCAUACCCUAUGAGCAGCCAUGUCUGUGCCCUGGGUAAUGUUGCUGUACUCGGCUACCAAGCACGAGAGGUUGCUUGUCAUGCCUUUGAAGUGUAUACCAGGAAAUUGAAAGAGUCACCAUUGGCACUGAAGAUCCACUGCUACAGAGCCCUGCUGGAGAGACUGAUUGUGAAUCGCUACAAAGAUCAGAGGCACUGUGGGUUGGGCUCUGUCAAGCAUGCUGAUAGUUUGACAUUUUCACAGUAUGCAAGAAAAGCACUGGAGAAAUUCCCAUUGACUUUGCCUGAUGAAGAUCUGGAUUCACCUGAGCUGGAGCUGGCAAUGGAUGAAUGGCAGCGUGUCGUCGUGUUCUACUCCUUACGCCUCCUCCUGGCACCUGUCAUUGAAUCGCUGAUCCUCGUUGACCGAAUGUUGUACCUCUGGGAUCGUUGCAUAUCGAGCAGCCUCUUGCCCCUGUUUGACCCGUGUCUCUCGCCAAGGAACCUGGUGUUGCUGGCAUUCAAAGCAAAUAGUCGUAAAGGCGAGCAGCAUUGUAAAAAUUUAUAGGUGUACAGAUAAUAAAAUACAACUUUUGUAAA